AGGGGGUGGGUCGUCGGGGACGGGACGGGACGGGGAGAAAAGGGUUUCGCUCAGGCUCCUGGCCAAAGGAGCGCCGGCCAGCAGAGAGACAAAAGCGAGAGGUGACCUGGGCUGUGUCCAGCGGGAGCCACGGGACAUGCGGGUGCUGCGCUCGCGGGAAGCUGCCGUGACCGUGCCCUUGUUCUCCCUCUCCGCUCCUCCCAGCCCGCAGAAGGAGGACAGCGUGGCUGGCUCACCGCCCCCAGGCUCCCCCCGCAGCGAAGGAGCCGGGGACACGGCCACCCCGGAGGCUGGCGUGGAUUCCUCCGGGGACAGCGGCUCCAAAGACGGCGGUGCCGUGCAGGCUGCAAGCUUUGCUGCCCUUUCUGCUGCUGAAGCAGCCAUCAGGGAGGAGGGUUCCCCAGGCUCGGGUGUGCAAACUAUUCCAGACCUCCCUGCCAGCCCAGAGCCGGGGUCUCCCCUGCAGCCCUCUGCUGCUCCAGACGCAGCACCCCUGGCCGAUGCUGGCCCGAGGGACCCUGCUGAGCUUCCAGGCGCUGGUGGAGCAGAGCCCUGCGGGGUAUGUCCCACAGAGCCCUCCCCGCCCUCUCCAGACCUGCAGGCUCCCGAGCAGCCCCCUGCCACCGAGGGCGGGGAUUGUCCCCCAGAGCUCCCUGCCGCCUUCCAGUGUGUGGAUGUGAACAAAAGUGUCGAUGCUGAACCAGAAGCUGAAUUGCUGGGCGUGUUGGGUGACAGCUCCCUCGAGGAAGAGGAGGCUGUGCCAGCCAGCACAGCCCUCCCUGCGGUCUCAGAAGGGGAGGCGGUGCAGAACAACAGCCUGGCAGGUGAAAAAGAGCCUGCUGAAGGGGAAAUGCUGCCUGAACCCGAUGGCUUGGAAACAGCAGACAAAGACUCUGUCUCUUCCAAAGACAGCCUAGACAAGAAGCGAAAGAAAGGAAGGAGAACGCUCGUGGCAUCCGACCGGCGUCUCCGAAGCCAGCAGUCCCAGUCACCUGCCGAGGGCAGCGCUGAGGACGCUGGCUCUUCCAGCUCCGUGCAGCUUCCUUGCCUUCAGAUCAAACUCUCCAAGAGUCCCAGCGCCAAGCGGUUCAAGAGAGAAGUGCAGCUGGACGGGGCAGCAUCCAUGCACUUCCCAAACGACUGCUUCCAUACCACACUGCUCAAAACCAGCGAGGGGCCGAGCACCGGCCAGGCUCCGGAGAGCAUCACUGAGCAGCAGCCAGGUGAGGAGAGCGGUGUCAUUACCAGACAGACCUAUAAGAGCAUCUUAGCGAAAGAGACUGUGGCAGAGGGAGAAAAUUCCUCUGAAGACGACCCCCCUGCUAAAGGUGGCCAGAGUCAACCAGGCGAGACGCUGGAGAUGUGUGUCCAGGCUGAUGCUGAGAAGACGAGCAUCCUCCUCCCCGCAGAAAGCAGCGUGCCUGCAGACGAUGCAGAGCAAGCAGAGGUGAAGCCAGGUGGUACCAGAGCAAAGGAGGAGGAGAGCUCUGACAGCGCCAUGGACACGGGAAAGCUGGAGAGCUACGAGCCAGCGGCCAGCUCGCCUCCGUGUCCCAGCAGCAGGGCCAGUGGAAGCAAGCAUCUUCCAGCGAAGGCUGCGAAGCCCAAAAAGUCAGCCCUGCAGUUUUAUAACUUAAGACACACGCCCGCACCCACCGACACUGCAAAAAAGAGCACACCAGGGAAGGAGUCUAUGCAAGCAAUCCCCAAACCGCGGGACGAGUGUAGUUCAGGGAAUGACGACUCCCUGGCGCUGGAGGACGCAGACCUGGCUGACAGCAAACCAAAGUUCAUGGAGUGGUGUGCCGAAGAGGAGAACCAGGAGCUGAUUGCCGAGUUCAAUGCCCAGUACAUGAAAGUUCAGAAGGGCUGGAUUCAGCUGGAGAAAGAAGUGCAGCCAACCCCCAAGGUGAAGAACAAAGCCGACAAGCUGAAGGAGAUUUGGAAAAGCAAGAAGAGGACACGGAAAAGUCGAGGGUCGCUGGAAGUUCAGAAGCUGUCUCCUGUCCAGAUGCUGUUUAUGAAGGCCUUCAAGCUGUCCGACAUCUGCCAGUGGUUCCUGGAGACGACGGAGACCAGGUCUCUGGUGAUCGUGAAGAAACUCAACACCCGUCUCCCGGGGGAGAUCCCCCCCAUCAAGGUCCCCAUGCAGAAGUACUCCUCCUCCGGCCUCUACCCCAGCUCGCUGCAGGCUGAACGCUUGAAAAAACACCUCAAGAAAUUCGCCGCCGCUACCCCGGCCCGGAACAACCUGAAGAACCAAAAGCUGUGGGCCAAAAUCCGUGAGAACGCGGACAGAGCCGAGGCCGAAGAAGCCGUCGGGGCCGGCCAGCCGCCUCCCUCGGAAGCCGGCCCCGAGGAGGCGAGCCAGGACCGGAGCGUGGCGCCCACCCCCAGCCUGCCCACGCAGGCCAGCACCCGCAUCCUGCGGAAAUACUCCAACCUGCGGGGCAAGCUGCGGGCCCAGCACCGCGCCGCAAGGGCCGAGCGGAGGAGCGACGUCCCCGGGGAGCAGCCGGCCCUGGAGAGCAAGCCCAGCCGCAAGAGCGUGUGCAUCAACCCGCUGAUGUCUCCCAAGCUGGCCCUGCAGAUCAAAGCUGACGCCUUCCCGGCUCGAUCCCCGGCGAUGGACGGAGCGGGAAAGGGGAGGAAGGGGAAGGGCAGGUGCCCGGAGGAGCCCUCGCCCCGGGCCGACCCGCAGCUCAGCAGGAAGAAGAGGACACUGAAGGAGAGCGGGGGCACCCAGGAGCGCUCCGGCUCCGCCGGUAAGGACAAGCUGCCGGCCAAGAAGGCCAGUAAAAUAAAACAUUCGGAGGUCAGCGCCAAAGCCCCCGCCACCCGAAAGCAAGCCGCCGUGGAGAGGAGCAGUAAGCUUGCCAAGAAAAUGUCUCUGAAAGAGAAGAGAGCCCCGAAAAGGCAGCUGGAGAAGGUGCGGCUCCCCGUGCGGAAGGGCAAGGAGAACACGAGCCGGCGGGCCGUGCUGCCCCCCGGCCACGAGGAGCUGGCCAAGUCCCCGCGGCAGAAGCCCCUCGGGGAAUCCUCGACGCGGUCACAGAAGAUGGCCAACAAGAAGCCCGGCGCUGGGAAAACCCUGACGAGGUCCAUGAAGAAGAUGCAGGAGAACAGCGGGGCGCAGGGCAAGAGGAAGCUGCGGGCGAAAGUUGACUGUUCGCACAGCAAGCGCUCGCGCCUGGACACGAAAUAGCGAAGAACCGGUAGCCAUGUACAAAACUGUUGUAUAGUAGUAACCCUUUACCAUGCAUUAACUAAAGCUGCUUUUAUAAGCUGUAGCAAGCCUUUAAAAAUCCGCAGUUACAGGAUAACGCCCGUGAUUUUAGGCAUCAGGAGAUGUGUCUCGGACAGAGAAGAGGUCAGCCUGUCUGUCUCUGCUGUUCAGAAGGAAGUUUCUGCAGUUUGAACGUUCCCUGGGUUUUUGACCUCGGAACCAGGCAGUUUUAGUUAAAAGUACAGUGCCUUAUUUAUCACUUUAAAAAUAAAAAUAAGAAGCUCGUCUGUGUGAUUUGGAGGCUUGCGUUUUAUACUUGAGGCACAAGCACUUGUACUGUAGCAGAAAGAAAACCACCUUUGUGCACAUGAAGUAGCUUUCGGCAGCCUUUCGGUGCACGCAAACAUUUCCCUUUCCUUCAGCGUCCUACUUCUGUCUGUCUUCUUAGUGGCAUUUCAAGCAAAACCAAAACUCAUUUUCCAUCAGUGAGGGAGAGAAAGGUGAACCUGUCAGCCGUCGGUUCGUUCGUGGCAGCUGCUGGUGUCCCGUCCUGUUACCUGCAGACAAGUAUUCCCCAGUGACUCUGCUGCUGGCCCCCGGCCCCGCUCCCCCCGCACAGCCGUGGGGCAGGGAGAUCCCGGUCACAGCGCGGUGGCAGAGGUGCUGCCCGGUCCCUGGGGCACACGGGGCGUGCUGGGCUGUAUCCAUCUGUUUCUGCUGGCUUUGGCACGGGCCGGCCCCGCAGUGCCCUGCUGCUGGGCACAAAUCCUUCCCCAUCAGCACCGUGCUGCGCUCGGGUUGGUUUCGUGGUCUCUGACAGCGUGCUCGGUGCUUGGCCUCUGGAGAAAGCUGGUUCCCAAUGCACAGUGCUCAGCAGCUGGGGCUGCUGUGUUUCGAUGGCUUUGCCUGCACCUUGCUGCUGCUCGAGGUCUCUGCGUGAAUCCCAUCGUCAGCCUCCUGUGCGGAGAGCAGCAAGGCCCGUGGUGGCACUGCUUCAAGGGGCAUUGCUUUUCACGUCUCACACUGCUCCCAAAUCCUGUGGAAAGCAGCUAAUUGUCUUCAAAUCUUUCGUGGUACCCAUGUAGUACAGAGGACGGAGCGAGGCGUUGGAGAUGCGCACGCCCUUUGCUGAGCACCCCGGGUCCCUUACAGGCAUUCCCUUCCCCCAGCGCUGGCACACAUGAGUCUGCUGCACGUUUUUCUCUUUCUAUGAAAUGGCUGAUAUAAAAAAAAAAUCCUUUACCUUUCCUUUGAAUCAUGAAAGAGUAAGUUAACUCUCCGAACAGUGAUGAAGUGAUUAAAUCUAGCCUGUCAGUCCCUGUACAGAUUAAUACAAAGCUAUCUAUUACUUUAAUUUUUACUGCAUGGAUUACGUAUGUCAAACAUUCCAUCAGAAAAGGGUUAAAAGCGUUUUAGGAGAGGUGUGUGGCAGGAGGGCACUGCUGGCGGUCAGAUGACUGCUCCGUACCUUUCCCACAGGUUCUCUCUCCCUCUCGCUUCCCUGCCUGCAUCCGCAUCUUCUUCUUCCUCCGCUGGGGCAGCUGCUGCACAGACCCGCGGCUCUGGCGUGCCUGAGCCCCCGUUCUCCCUCGGAAUUUCCUCCCUCGCGUGCUGGAUUUAAUUUCUCACUGCCUUCCACUGGCACAUGCGGGCGUCCUGCUUUCCAUCGUCCGUGCUGCUGGGAGCAGGAGCCGUGCUAGGAUGAGAGCUCCACGAAGCUGUCAGAGUGAGGUGGUGCUGGCCUGGCUUUGGUCACACUGGGCACCACGUAGGCAUCGUGGUCGGAGCCCCAGCAGCUCAUCCCAGCUCUGGUGGCCUUGACCCAGCAGCUCUGCCCGUCCCUGGGGAUGUUGGAGGGCUCGGCAAGCUGAGGCUUUCCCACUCGAAGGGUAACGCUCCCAAAAUCUGUGCGAAGAUGCUACUGAGUUGUAACAGGAGCUGGGCUGUGCCUAGGAGGUGUAAAUCUGAAUUUCUUACCUCUUGCUGAGGAGACAGAGGUGUGUGAUUUGUGUGUGUGUGCUGCACAUCUUGGUUAUGCUGGGGACUGGGAGCAGCCUGGGCCACGCGGCACCCGCUGAGGCAGCACAAGGCUGGCUCUUGCUUUUAAUUUCGAAAUUACAGCUUUUGACUUGAGGAAGGGGUGGGUUAUGUGCAGCCAUUGCCUGUGGCUGGGUUAUUGCAGCCAGCACUGUGGCCAUGCCCCAGCCCAGGUUGAGGUGGGCACACCGGUGCUGUAUCACAGGCUCUCUGAAUUGUGGGUUGGUGCAGUCGCUUGGGUUAGCAAACCGCAGAUGCUCCCCAGCUCUAGAAAAGCAUCUUAAGGCUUCCUGCUCGGAGGAAACUCCAGCUCCGUGCCAGCCUGCCUUCCUUGCUUCCUCUGCCCUCAGGAGAUGCCGUCCCCAGCCCUUCUUUGCCUCCUGUGCACGUUCUCGUGCUGACACCAGUUGUAGCUUCCAGGUCUUGCAGGCAGUGAGCCUUGCUUUUAACACGCUUCGCACCUGCUGCUGUGAGUGCUGUAUUUUGGGGCAGGAAGGAGCGAUGCUUUAAUUUCCUAACAGAUCAACGGGUCUGCGUGCGAGGCGGCCACCUGGCAGGCUGGCAUUGCCUGGGGAGCUCCAUUCUCUUCAUCAGUGCUCAGACGUGAACUGCUGCUCCUUUUCUUCCCAACAGCCUUCGUCUUGCAGCCGGUUGCCCCUGGCCGUGGCUGAGGCCGUGCCCUGCUGGUUUCUCUCCGUCCCGCGGUGAGGCACGCGGUGAGCAGCGCUGCUGAGGCGUGGCCCCUGCCUUACAGCAGCGCCUUUCCAGUCAGCGCAGCUUUUACGCAAUGAAAUGGAUGCACGGGGAGUUGCAGACGAUCUUAAUGAAUGGAAGGAAAUGAGCAGCGUGAUUUAUUGCCUUAUUUCACGCGGGCAGCCGCUGCGUCCUGGCUUGCUCAGGUGCAGAGCUGCCCGCGGGCACCGCCGCAGUGCCCUCCUCAGCCCCACGGCCUCACUGCGCUCCCUCUCCGUGCCACCCCACUCGCUCCCUCAUUUCAGGAGGAGCCAAGUGCUGUUACCUCUGCUGCCCCUUUGGCUUCUGAUCAUGUUCUUGAAACUCUUUUCCAUCCCAGCUCCUCCGUCCGUAGAUCAGGAGCAGCAUCUUUGUAGCCCUGCAUCUCCACAGGCAUCCUUGGUGUCCCUCUUCUGCCGGGUCCCCUCUUUCCUUUGCUCGGUCAUCUUCUCCCUCACCGUGUCCUUGGCAGCUCUGGGUCUUCACGCUUCACGUGGCUGGGAGCUCUUCUCACGCGGCCUCCAGAAAGGGCUGGCCUGGCCAGGUUUGCUGUGCUGAGUCAAAAUUUAUUUACCAGGCAUGUGUCCGUGGUGCUUGAGGGCUGCAUCCAGAGCAGCUCGAGCCCAGGACGGCUCCUUCCACCUGUCAGACGUCCAGCAGGGACAUCCCUGCGGUCGGUUUCUCUGCUGUGGGGUGCGUGCUGUAUAUCCCAGAUGUGCGGUGUUUGUAUUCCUCACUAAUGAGCUCAUUUCCACACGGGUGCAGCGUGUGGCCGUGUUGCUCUGCAAGCGCUGCCGUGCUACGUGCUCGCAGCACAUGUUCUCCCAGGCGCUACCGAGCAGAAGCUGACUCUUUCAAGCAAACUCUGCUGCGUCACUGGUCGUCCCCUUGGGCCAGGACAGCAAGGUGACCCCGUCCCCGUGCUGGGGAGCAGCUCAGCCUCCUGCCUGCGUGCAGCGAGCAGAGCACAGCCUGGCCCGCGUCCCAGCCGCUCGCCGGCACCUCCGCAAACCUCCGCCGGUGUUUCCAAAAGCUCUGCCAGGUCCCGGGAACCCCCCGGGAACCGGAGAGGCGGUCUCAGAAGGACACAGAUUUACUGCUGCCCUGCUCUUAAGACUUGCUAAUGGACAGUUUCUCUCUCCAGCUCGUGUUCUUGCAGCCUGGCAGCUGCAGUCCCGCUUCAAGGAGACUGAAAGCCGUGUGGUGGGAGGCUGUGUGGGGGGGCUCUGCCCUUCCCAUCGCCCGAGGCCACCAGCUCGGUCCCGGGGGUCCUGCAGCUCAGGUCCUGCCUUCGGAGGGUGCACGAGCGAGGCAGGGGCAGGCCGGUUCCCUCCCCCCCAGGGAAUGCCCUUGACGCUUUUCUUGUAGCUGUAGGUUUUUGAGCAAACCAUGAGGGUAUGGUUCCCCGGCAUCGCGCGCGUCCCCCGUGUGUUGUAGCGUCCGUUCAGCCCAUCCUUUAGCUCGGUGGUUGUGAAAUGAAUCCAUCUGUUCUAAGAUGUUCUCAGGAGUUCUUGUUUGUAUUAAGAUCACCCCUAGGCUUAGCGGAAAUCACGGUCCCCGGCUCUCCUCGUCCCCUCCCUCCCCCUGGACCCCUCUCCGGUUCGAGAGCACUUCCACCCCUCCCCGGGGGCCGCGGGGGCAGCUGGCGGUUUUGAUUCAGGGCAUGUUGGCAGCUUCGGGGCGGCCGGAGACGUCGAGAGGCACCCGGGCGGCUUUCGCGGCGUUGGCUCGCCCGCCGGUCCCUCGGACCGCAUUGCUAGCCAAUGUUUUCUAAGUCUGUUUGUAAGAGUACCUAAUUUUAAAAUGAAAUGUGAAUAUAUAUUAUGUGUAGGUGCCAUGUAAGAUAGUGUUGUGCUAGGCGGCAGGAUGCUAACCUACUUUUUAAGCUUUUGGGGCAGGAAAAAAAAAAAAAAAAAAGCGUUUUUCUCUCACUUCUCACAGAUCUAAUAUUGUAAAUAGUUGUUUUUUUAUAUAUAUUUAUUUCAUGGGCUUUCCACAGGUUCUUGUUCUGACUGGUGUUGGUUGGCGGGGGGGUCUCCCAGCUCGUGCCGGGGGGCGCAGCUUGCCGCGACCAGAGGGCUGGCUUAUGGCGGGGGGUGGGAUGGGGGGGAACGGGGCUGGGGAGGGGGGAGAACGGGACGGUGGCGGUGUUGGGUUGGUUUUUAUGUCGCAUCAGCGUUGAAGCAUUAACUCUUCAUCUCAGUUUUGAUGAUGUCAGAGCCGGCCGGAGGCCACGGGGAGGCGGCGAGCUGCCGUGGCCGGCCGGGAGGGCCGGGGGUCCCCGGGGUGGGGGGCGCUGCAAGCAAUAAGAUUUGUAGUAAUAAUGUCUGCUUGGAUGACCGGGGGGCUCGGGGGGGUUGUGGGGGUCUCUGAUGGGCAAGACGGGGGUCUCGAGGAGCGAGAGGCAGCUGCCCGACCCCCGGAGCUCCCCGGAUGGCCGGGGCAGAGCAGGGCAGUUGCCGACAGCCGAGCCAGCUCCGUCAGGCCGUUGCCUGCCUGCUUGCCAUUCUGCAGUUUUUAUUCUCCUUCUAGGGGUGUUGAGGUCGUUUGCGUGUUCGUUUUCUUCCCCCAAGUGUGCGUGGAUUUUUUUCUUGCUGUUUUCUGUGUGAGUGUGUUUUGGUUUUUUAGCCCCGUUUGUCUGGGCGUGCGCCCUGGCUGCGCCCCGGCCCGUGAGCGGGGUCAGCCCCGCGUUUGUGGUGGCAGGUCCCUAAUUUCGGGGGGCAGGGUGGGCUGUGCACUGGGCUCCUGGCCCUGCAGGGCUCCCACGAACCCCAAGCAUCCUUCGCCCUUGGAACAGUUAUGUGGAAAAAGAAAAAAAAAAGAAAAAAGAAAAAAAAAAAGAGUAAUGAAAUAAAAUAAACCCACCAACCCAGUGCGUUUUUUUUCUCUUUAAGAUACUCAGCGUUUCAAUAUUAGUUCCACCCCGAUAGCAAACGUUUUUCCUUCACCUGUGUCUGCUUCCCUGGGAGAGUCUUGUCCCUCUGUUUGUCCCUGUAUGAAUUUUAGACACUGAUCUGAAAAGUCCUCCUGUCCGGUACUGUAUGUUUGAGCCUAACCAAUGUGAACUUGACAGAACAGCGAUGGGAGGUGGCAGCUGGUGACUGCGCGGGGGCCGCGUCCCCGUGCGCUGCGGGUAUGGGGAAGUUCUGCGUCUUGCUCGGAGAAAAUGAACUGUCUGCUGUGAAUUAUUGGUUGGAAAUGUUGAGAGGGGUUUCCAUUAGAUAAUGUUUACAUACCUCACCUGACGAACCUUUGAAAGUGUAUAUAUAAAAAAAAAAAUAAAAUAAAAUUAUAUUAAGUUGCUUUAAAUCAAUAUGUAUAGCUAUAAGAGCUGGGUCAUUUGAACUUUGACUAUGUAUCAACUCUCUAAAUGUUGACAUUUUGUGAACUCUGUGCUCCUGUCUUUUAUUUCAGACUAGACUAUCGAGGAAGCUGUGUUCUUGUUACAGGUAAAAGGUCCCUGACUCAGAUUUGAACUCCUCAAGGACUCCCACCACCUUGUUUUCUUUUAUUCCUCCAUUGUUGAUAUUCACCCUAUGAGCUUUCUAAAGGUCCGUAUUUUAUUGCAGCUUAUUAAACGUUUCUUUGAUAUCAAA